AUGAGUUUAGCACUUCUAUUUGGCCUGAUUGGUAUCGCAAAGGCUUUUGAUGACUAUUUUGAGCCUUUCCCUACUUGUGCUGAGUGUCUACCCGCGAGUGUUCACAAUGCGCCUGGGAUUGGUUUCAGUCUCACGCUAUCUUCAGGGACCGCCGCCGUUCAUUUCUACAAUGGCACUGUUAAAAAUAUUGCGUAUAUCCCUGCAAAUCCGGAAUAUGCCGCCCUUAUGAACCGUCUAGCCAACUCUCCUCUACCUCCACCACUAUCCAGAUGGCAGAAGUUACGACGAUCUUUCAACAAAAGGAUUGGAAAGCCAGCCACGCCCGAUGUCGGUGUCCUCGCCACCAUACUUGACUCCCUACGCGACGCGACUGCUAUCGAAAUCACCAAUUCCCUGGACAGAGUCGCAGUGGCGCACCCCCGCGUUCAAGGCUUAGCAGAACAUGAUCUCUGGGAUGCGCUCGAAUAUGUGCGUGUCCGUUCAUGGGUGGCCACUGAUCUGCCCCGUCCUAAAGUCACACUUCCUCUACCCACUGCGGGCGGAUACCCAACCCAGCUUCUGGAGUCAUAUACUAUUUUCGGGGCACACGGGAAAGGCUUUUGCAAAAAUUACAAAAACUUCUGGCAGUGUGAGGAGGAGGGGGACAAUACUCCACAAGAAACGACCCUGGUCGUGGGAAUAACUCCUACUGAUUUACGUGGAGACAUUAUCAGGCCUUUUUCUGCAUUUACAUUUCUCCAGCCACGAAGUGGUGACAAGACGUUUGUGGACGUUGGGUUAGGUCUUGCUGCCUCGGAUGACAAACCCGACUUCUGGACGCGCGUGGCGGAAAGAUUGCAGGGUUUCUGCGGCACAGUCCCUGAAGGUUUUCGCCUCGACACAAUUUUGUUGACGGGAGAGAACGCGACACAUCCGGCUUUUCUUCAAGCUUUACGAAGUGCGCUCGUUGGUAAUGGAUAUCCGCAGAUAGAAAACGAGGUUGAACUAGUAUUCGUUCAUAAGGGAAUGGCAGUAGUUGAUCCUGUCUUUGUUAGUGCCAGAGGGGCAGCCCAUUAUGCAAGAUGGAGGCAGGAGGCGCCAAUCGGGUGCCAAGAGCAGGACAGAUGCGAAGAGGAGAGGAGACAACUCAUGAAUGUUGAAUUAAGGUGA